AAACUGAUAAGAUACACACAUUCCAAAACACACAAACGCUCUGAAUUAUUAUUUAAAGAAGAAAAAAAUGGGAAAGAAGAGCUCUGUAUCAAUCCUCUGCUUCAUACUCAUAAGCUUCAGUCCCAUUUUUGUUUCUGCACAACAAACUUGUGAUGAAGCUUCUGGGACUUUCAAACCCAAUAGUCCAUAUGAGAAGAACCGCCUUCUCAUAAACUCUACUCUUGCUUCUAACGUCACGGCUCACGCCGGCUACUUCAACGGCUCCAUCGGGGUAGGUCUGGACAGAGUUUACGCCUUGGGGAUGUGCGCUCCAGGUGCUGAACCACAAGCUUGCUCACACUGUGUCCAGGCCGCCUCAGACAGUUUACUAAGUACCUGUUUGAACCAAACAGAGGCUUUCGUAUGGUCAGGUGACGAGUUCCUUUGCCUUGUUCGCUACUCCAGCAAGUCCUUCUCUGGGGUCCUCGCCUUGGAGCCUAUUACACCGUUUUAUAAUGUAAUGGACGUAAGAAAAGAAAACCAGAAGGAGUUUGAUAGUGUGUUGGACGGGUUAGUGCUUCGUAUGAUCACGAGAGUUUCUUCCUCGGAGAGAAACAAUUCAUCUACUUCUUUAUCAUUGUCUGGUAAAUACUAUGCAAAGGAUGUAGCUCCAGUGCCGGUUUACAGGAACAUAUUGAUGCUGAUGCAAUGCACUCCAGAUAUUUCUUCAAAGGAUUGUAGUCUUUGUCUUGAGUCAAGCGUUGAUUACUAUAAAAAAGUGUAUCAUGGGAAGAGAGGUGUCAUUAUGUUGCGGCCAAGUUGCUUUUUCCGGUGGGAGUUGUAUAAUUUCUCUGGUGCUUUUGAUCAUAUUAAUGAUCCGCCUCCGCUUUUAGACAGUCCUUCUGUUAAUUUGACCGAUAUAACCAAAAAAGAUAAAAAUAUCUCACGAGGAGUUGUCGCAGCGAUAGUUGUAGUUAUUGUGGUUAUCAUAGUAUUGAUUUCUGUAGGCAUGUUUAUGUUCAAGAGGAGAAAGAAAAAGCAAGAUAUACAACUUUCAACUGAAGCGGAAUCUGUUCAAUUUGGUUUUAAGACAAUUGAAGCUGCGACGGGCAAUUUUUCCGAGGCGAACAAGCUUGGGGCAGGUGGAUUUGGUGAGGUUUACAAGGGCAUCCUCAUGAAUGGAACUGAAGUUGCGGUAAAGAAACAUUCAAAAACAGCAGGACAGGGUGAAAGAGAGUUCAAGAACGAGGUUGUUGUUGUUGCAAGGCUUCAGCAUAUAAAUCUUGUUAGACUUCUUGGCUUUUCACUUCAAGGAGAAGAAAAGUUACUCGUCUAUGAGUUUGUUCCUAACAAAAGCCUUGAUUAUUUCCUCUUCGAUGCUAGUAAGAGAGUUCAGCUGGACUGGACUGUGAGACACAACAUCAUUGGUGGGAUCAGUCGUGGUAUUUUAUAUCUUCAUCAAGAUUCAAGGCUCAAGAUCAUACACCGCGAUCUCAAAGCUAGUAACAUUCUAUUAGAUGCGGAUAUGAAUCCAAAAAUUGCUGAUUUCGGAACGGCAAGGAUCUUUGGAAUGAACCAAACUGUAGGCAAUACAUCAAGAGUAGUUGGAACCUUCGGUUACAUGCCACCUGAGUAUGUGAUACAUGGCCAAUUCUCGAUGAAAUCAGAUGUAUAUAGCUUUGGAGUAAUGAUUCUUGAGAUCAUUAGUGGCAAAAAGAAUAGCAGCUUCCGUCAGAUGGAUGGUUUAGUUAACAACUUAGUCACAUAUGUUUGGAGACUUUGGGAGAACAAAUCAUUGCCUGAUCUCGUUGAUCCUGGUAUCAAAGAAGACAGUAACAUCGAUGAAGUUGUUAGAUACAUUCAUAUUGGACUGUUAUGCGUUCAAGGAAAUCCUGCAGAUCGUCCCAAAAUGUCAACGAUUCAACAAAUGCUCACAACCAGCUCUAUUAGUCUGCCUGUACCUCUGCCACCUGGAUUUUUUUUUGGGAACAGGCCAGGAACGACCAUGUCAGGCCUGGACCCCAGUCAAUCGAGCAGCAAGUCUUAUACUUGUUCUGUGGAUGAAGCAACAAUCACUGAUGUUAAUCCUCGUUGAAUAGUCAAGAUGUUCUGUUUAGUUCACUUGUUUCUAGUUUCCACAAAGGCUUGUCACUUGUUUUAUGUCCACAUAUGUAAAAGUUCGACUGAUUUAGCAUAAAACUCGAUAUUAAAAUU